UAUUGACGUAUAGCUAUCGAGUUGCUAUUUUACAUUUAUAGUCUGUCCAACGAAACGGGGCAGUAAACGUAAACAAAAUGUGAUUGCUGCGGCUGCAACUAUUGGCUGACGACUAGUAAUAUUCGAGUGUCACUAUCUCACCUCGAGUUUAUUGCCUUGUCUCAUUGGAUAGAUUAUAUAUCCUGUCUAGCAAGUAGAGUCUGAACAGGAGAGGUAAAUAAAACCACGUGAUCGAACUCUAGGGGAAACAAUAUGGUCGAAUUCGCAAUCCUUAUAUAUUAUGAAAUUGCAAACUACUAUUUCGAACAUUUUUUAAUACUUUAACAUUAAUCGUACCAUCUCGGCAUUCCUUAUAAAAAGGAUGCAUUGAAAAAGAUGCGGCAACUUGAUGACAAAAUCAUUUAUAUGCUAAAUGCUAUACUUCCAACAGAAUCAUUUAAAGGACAAAGUGAUCCUACUACAAAAUGUAAAGAUUUAUAUGAACAAAUUCAAACAGGUCAUAAAUCAAGGGCAUUAGCUAUUACAAGGUGUUUAAAUGCAUCCAAGGAAAAAGUGAACCAAUUAAGAGCUGAAAGAGAUAAUGGCAAUGAUAGUCCUCAACUUCUUAAAGCAUUAAGAAAAGAACAAAAUACUUUACGCUUACUGCAAUCAGAAUUAAACAUAGAAGAAGUUGUAAAAGACCAUACAGUUGAGGCUUAUUAUAAGAAAUGCCGUGGUUUUUAUAAGCCAUCGACUGAUAUAGAAAUUUAAUCUCGUUAUUGAUUUUGAAAAUACUUUGACCACUACCCCUUUAUAUGAUUGUAAAUUUAACUACAAAUAUAUUGAAAUGUUGUAAAUAUAUUUAGUUACUGCAUUUAUGUAAUAAUAAAUAGACGAGGUCUGCAAUAGUAAUAACUAUAA